GAAAGCUCUAGCGGGUCCGCUCCCAGUAGCGCAGGUCGAGCCACGUGUCGUAGCUCCGCCGAAUCUCGUUGGUGUGAUGCUGGGCAGAGCCGCGAUGGACAGCCCUGCGAUUUUCGCAGACGUGGAUAGGUUUUUCUACGGGGAAGCGACCAAUCCGUGUCGGACGCGACGUGAAGUAUUGGAAAAAUACAGUGAGUAUCUUGCUCGACUCUACCCAGCGCAGUGUGGUCCAGGAUGUUGUCCGGUGUGUGGUAGACAAGACGACACAAACGAUCAUCAACAUCAAAGCGUCGAAGUCAAAGUUUUAUCUGGUAGUUCUAGCGACGUUGUGGUGCUCAAAGAUGAUAGCGCGAUGGAGGAAGGUGCUCCUUCCACGGAACCAAGAAGUGCAGCGGCGGCAGAACCUUCUGCUUCCAGUACCAGUACUACGGCUUCCGAAAUGUUAUCACAUCAGGGGACGUCAACGAAGAGACGGCGCGCCCGUGGUCAAAACGCCGAUCAUGUGCUCAUAUCCACCGGGGUAGUUGGCAGAUGUACAAAGCCAGUUCUGGGACUUUUUUGGAAGAUGGCGGGCAACAGGCAGUUUCGAAGGGACCUAGACACUUUCAGUCGCGACCUCAGUAUCAGGAACUGCGGACCUGGGUACAUUCUACGACGCGCGGUAGGGAAUCUUCCAGACGACGUUUUAGACUUAAGGGUAGGUUAAAGGUGCUUUUCUUACCGCUUUUUAUGCCUCUCCUAAGGGAGAAAGGCAUAAAAAGCGGGGUAAGCAAGCACCAAAAACCUACCUCUAAAAUACAUGCCGUUCGAGCAGGUUGAGGAUGUGGAAGUGGAAAGGACACAGGAACCACCGAAGGAAGCGGCUGUUCCUGAGACGAAAACAGAUGAUACAGCAGAUGUCAACGCUGCCUCUGCCUCUUCCGGAAGCGAAGACCUGCAGCAUCUGAGCAGUAGUAUGCAGAUGUGUAGCAUGAAGGAGAUAACAGAGAAUCAUGAAGAAGAAGCUAAAAAGCGUAAAGUCUCUCCAGACUGCUUGGGAGGAUCCUAGCGUUGACCGACACGAUUGCCACUCUCCCAUUAAUUGUUACCAUUGUUACCUCCCACCUCAGACGACAUGUUGAUGUUCCCCUGAAACCAUUUGGAAUGAGAAGCAUGCACCUAACAGCUUGAUGUUACAAAUUGAUGUGACAACUACAAUCUUCAUAAAAAAUGGUUGCGUCUAUGACAACUACACGUAAUCUUCAUAGAAAGUGGCUGCGUCUAAGUAAGUACAAC